GGAGAACAAGCCUCAGAGGACACACAGAGCAAGUCAAACUAUUGUAAUCUGUUAACACAUACUUAACCUAAGAUGCUGGGGAAGCCAGAAACACAUGAAGAUGGCACUAUGGCCGAGUUAAGUUGUCAAGUGAAGGAGGACAACACGGACCGGAGGGAGCGCUACUCUGCAGAAUGGCUGGAUACAUCUGUCUUCAGUAGACCAGAGGAGAGCUGUAAUGCUCGUGAUGCCAAUGUUUGGAGGCGGGAAAGCUUCAAACAGCAGGGGAAAACACAUUUCCUCGUCCAAUGUUCUCCAGCUCAGAUCAUGAGAAUGGGUCGUCUUGGUCAUCGCCUUACUCAAUAUCAACUUCCCUACCAGAGAACUCUACCCCUGCCUAUCUUCAAGCCAGCAGACCUUACUACCAAGAUGGAUCGCAUGGCAACACCUCCACAGCUUCGUGGCAUGAUUGAGUUCGAGAGAGCCUUAAGCAAUCCAGGCAAUGAUGGGUCAUGUCAAGACAAGAUACCCGUCUCUCAAAUCACCAAAGAGUUGCCUCCAGUCAUGCAGCCAGCACGUAUGGAAUUCUCUAAACCCAACCUGGCAUCUUCCUUCUCCAGAUCUAUGUCACAGGAGGCUCAGAGGGGUUAAAUGAUUAUAAUGGACAGUGGCAUGGGGUUGUACCAUCUGAAAAAUGUAUUAGUCCUAUUAAGGCCAGGUUUGAAUGCAGUUGUGUCUGCAUUGUGUUUGCACUAGAAUCUCAGUUAUAGAGUUUAUGCCCAGCAGCAAAAUGUCCAUUAGCAAAUUAAUUUAUAGACAAAUUGCUCAGAAUGUUCUGGCUUUUGAUAGGAAUAUUGCAGAAGAAAACAUUAUGAUUGUACCUGGAAUGUAUUGUAUUCCAUAAAUGUAUCGGAUCACUCUUUACAGGUUACAGAACUUCAACUCCGUUGUGUUUAGCACAAGUGUUGGAAGUCAAUAAUCCCAAAGUCUUGCUUGGUCAGAGGAACGUUCAUCCAUUGUUUUGUUGUUCUUUAGAAGGUUCUUGGUGUUAUGUGUAGAAGUUGGUGGACAUCUAGAUCUAGCAAAUGUGGGAUUGGAAUUGUCAUGAUUCCUCUUUUUUCAUUUUGACUAUUUUUGAAGGUGUGCAGGUUAAGAAAUGUUUCUGCAAUUUGCGUUUUAUCAUAUCCACAAAUAACUGAUUGCAUAUUUGGAUGAAGAUAGAAGUGCAAAAUGACCGGGCAUCAUAAAGUAUAAGGUAUGGUGUCACCAAGAAAGACCAUGAUUGAUACCUGAAGGCUAGGUUGUUAUAACUGCUUAACUGGUUCCUUAAGGACAGGAUGUUAUAACUGUUUCCUAAAGGAUAGUACAUUAUAAUAGGUUCCUGAAGGAUAGGAUGCUAUAACGGGUUUGUGAAGAAUAGGUUGUUAUAACUGGUUCCUAAAAGUUAGGAUGUUAUAGUUUAUUUCUAAAGGAUAGCAGAUUAUAAUUGAUUGCUAAAGGACAGGAUGUUACAACUGGUUUCUGAACGAUAGGAUGUUCUAACUGGUUUCUAAAGGAUAGUAUAUUUUAACUGGGUCCUGAAUUAUAGAAUGUUAUAACUGGUUCCUAAAAGAUAGUAGUUCCUCCAGAGGGAUACAGGGAUAAUUGAUUCCUGAUGUAUACAGUGUUACAAGUAAAGGACAGGAUGUUCUAACUGAAAGGUUCUUCACAGUACUCUGGCUUGGAACCCAUUCGCUAUGGGUUUUUAUUAAUCCUUAGAGCUUUACAUUUCAGUAAAUAAGUUUUUAUGGGGGGCAGAAUUUAAAAGUAGAAAGGCAUGUAGGUAGGGUUUGAAGACAUUGGGGUCCCUGAGUGGGUCUUAAGUCAAUUCCAUUGCCAGAUAAAACUGGUCUUUGAAAAGAUAAGCUACCAACUGCGAAUUUCCUGGCCUGUGUAACAGGAUUAUAUGUUGCUUUAGAUUAUAAAUACUUUGCACAGUUUUCUAUGUAGAUAUGUAAUAAAGUCUGUCUUUAUGUAUUAUAUAUAUAUUUGUGUGUACUGUACUGAUUGUAAUAAAAAGGUUAUAUAUUUA